AAGUGGUAUGAGAGCAAAGAGGUGACGUCAGUUCGUGAAAAGAAUUUUCAGAUUUGGCGACAUGGCGAUCGAACGCCCGCAAAAACUUUCAAGUCUGAUCCUUAUCAAGAGGAUGCUUGGUCACUUGGCUGGGGACAGCUGACUCCAAUAGGCAUGGAGCAAAUGAUGGAGCUUGGUGACCUUCUAUACAAAGAGUACGUCGUGAAGAAUAAAUUUCUGAAUACAUCGUAUAAAUUCAAUGAGAUGUACGUCCGAACAACAGACGUGAAUCGAACCUAUAUCAGCGCAUAUUCGAACUUAAUCGGCAUGUACUACAAUCGCACACAGUCUAUUCCCAAUGUUAACUUCCCAAACAAUACCAGAUGGCCCGGUUUAUUUGUACCUUUUCCGGUACAUGCAACUGUUGAUUAUGCUCACGACUAUGUUGGCAAUCCGAGAGCUUACUGUCCCCGGCGUGAAUGGCUAUGGAGCAAAACAAAAGAGACUCCUGAAUUCAGAAAACUGGAGAAAGAAAAUGAUCAAUUCAUGAAAGAACUUACCACUGUCACAGGUGACAAUAUAACACUGGAUAGGUUUUGGUAUCUUCGUGACACGCUUUAUAUUGAGAGGUUGUACAAUAAAACACAGCGAAUAAUUGAUGAAACGGCAUAUCAACGAAUUGAUGAAAUCAUGGAUCUAUUGGUAGACUAUGGAAAUGGUCUUGAUCUAACACCAGUGGACAAUAUCAAUUUUCGAGUGGAAGUUCCAAAGGUUCGAGGUGGAAGCAUUCUGUGGGCAAUCAUCGAUAACUUCGAUUUGAAGCUGUUCUGCUACGAGCAAGCCAAUCAAGACAAACCGCAAUGUAACUGGAUGAAGCAUCUGCGAUACUACGCAUAUUCCGCGCAUGACACUACACUAUUGGCGCUUAUGUCAACGCUUGGUGUAAAACAUACACUGCUGCAACAUGGUCAUCCCGACUAUUCGGCAUGUCUAUCAUUUGAGCUAUGGCAAACCGACAAUGGUCCAGCAUUACGAGUAAGUUAUGAAUUCAUUUGA